AUGCUCAUAUUUUUACAUACAUUUCUAUGCCCCAAGUGCCAGGAGGACAUCCAGCUUCCAGAUGGUGGCCUUACCCAACUGAAGAAGAACUUUGAUUUUAGCAAGGCCAAUGACAUCAAUACCCAGCAACAAGAGAGACAGGCAUUAGAAGAGGAACAGACCAAUGUAGCACAGGGCACUGCACAGAAGAACAUCAGUUGUGAGAAACAUCCUAAUAAUGAAUUAAAAUUUUACUGUGACGAUGAUGAUAUUGUUAUAUGUGGUGAGUGUAUAGCAACAGGGCAUGGUGGACAUCGUAUUUCAUCAGUUGAUAAAGCUGCAAAAAGCAACAGAGAUAAAAUUAAGUCACAACCUCCAUUAGCUGAACAGGGAACAAAUCCAAAAUCAGCAGCACAUUCCGUUUUCUUAGAGAAGGCAGAAUGUGUGCACUCUUUCAGUGCUAAGCUGAAAAAUACUAGAGGAAUAAGUACAAAUGGAUUGGCCAUACAUGAGGAACAAGUGUUUUUUUUGGAUUGCGCAAAUAGCAGAACAAAAAUGUUCACACAUACUGGAGUGUUCAAGUUUGACAUUCCACUCAGCAGACCAUUUGAUUUAGCUAUGUCACAGACUGGUCACCUGUAUAUAACAUCACAGGGUGACAGCUGUGUCCAAGUGUACUCCACCAGAGGUCAGCAGGUGUCAACCAUGGGUCAGAGUCAUCUAGGGAGGCCAUAUGGUAUUACACUGAACAAACAAGGUCAUGUGAUGGUUUGUGACAUGAGACAAAAAUCCAUCUUCACAUUCCAUGAUGCCAGUGAUAAGCUCCUGAACACCAUUCCACUCAGUAUGUGUACAGACCCAUGGUACAUCACAGUGAACAGUGUGAAUGAUAACAUUGUGAUAUCAGACGCAGGCAGUCACUGUGUGUAUGUGUUGUCACCUACUGGUGAUCAGCUAUACCAGUAUGGCACACAAGGCAGAGGUGAUGGUCAGCUGUGGGGACCACGUGGAGUUUGCACAGACAGACAUGGUCACAUCUUCAUUGCUGACUGUUUCACAACUAGUAAAAUAACAAAGAGACAGUCAGAUAUGGCAAAGGCACUGGCAGCAGCUUUUACAGAUAAUCUCUUAACGUGCAAUAUCUGUCUAGAGGAGUAUGAGGACCCCCGUGUGCUGCCCUGCAACCACACAUUUUGCUAUGGUUGUAUAUCUAGCCACGCCCAAAUAUCUAUCACUCCAAAUCUGACAUUUCUAUGCCCCAAUUGCCGGGAGGAAAUCAAGCUUCCAGAUGGUGGCCUUACCCAAUUGAAAAAGAACUUUGCUUUUAGCAAGGCCAAGGACAUCAUAACCCAGCAACAAGAGAGGCAGACAUUAGAAGAGGAACAGACCAAUGUAGCAUCAGUGGCACAGGGCACUGCACAGAAGAACAUCAGUUGUAAAAAACAUCCUAAUAAUGAAUUAAAAUUUUACUGUGACGAUGACGAUACUGUUAUAUGUGGUGAGUGUAUAGCAACAGAGCAUGGCGGACAUCGUAUUUCACCUGUUGAUAAAGCUACAAAAAGCAACAGAGAUAAAACUGAGUCACAACCUCCAUUAGCUAGACAGGGAACAAAUCCAAAAUCAGUACCACAUCCUUCUGUUUUCUUAGAGAAGGCAGAAUGUGUGCACUCUUUCAGUGCUAAGCUGAAAAAUACUAGAGGAAUAAGUACAAAUGGAUUGGCCAUAGAUGAGGAACAAGUGUUUGUUUUGGAUUGCGCGAAUAGCAGAACAAAAAUGUUUACACAUACUGGAGUGUUCAAGUUUGACAUUCAACUCAGCAGACCAUUUGAUGUGGCUAUGUCACAGACUGGUCACCUGUAUGUAACAUCACAGGGUGACAGCUGUGUCCAGGUGUACUCCACCAGAGGUCAGCAGGUGACAACCAUGGGUCAGAGUCAUCUAGGAAGGCCAUGUGGUAUUACACUGAACAGACAAGGUCAUAUGAUGGUUAGUGACACGAGACAAAAAUCCAUCUUCACAUUCCAUGACGCUAGUGGACAUCUUCUGAACACUAUUCCUCUCAGUAUGUGUAGAGACCCAUGGUACAUCACAGUGAACAGUGUGAAUGAUAACAUUGUGAUAUCAGACGCAGGCAGUCACUGUGUGUAUGUGUUGUCACCUACUGGUGAUCAGCUAUACCAGUAUGGCACACAAGGCAGAGGUGAUGGUCAGCUGUGGGGACCACGUGGAGUUUGCACAGACAGACGUGGUCACAUCUUCAUUGCUGACUGUUUUAACCGCAGGAUAGUGGCACUGAGUCCACAGGGGCAGUUUAUCAGAUACAUUGUCACUGAAGAUGAUGGGCUGCAGUCUCCCAUGGCAGUAGCCAUCAACCCUGCUGGCCAACUGGUGGUGGCAGAAGAUGGGGGCAAAGUUAAGACAUUUCAGUACAUAUUAUAA